UCUAGUGGCGAUUCAUCUAUAUCGUGCUAAAAAAGAGAUUAAAUGAACAAACAAAAUCAAAGGCAACAAAUAAGAAUGAAAGGCACUAGUACGAUUUUCUUUAUUUCAUUCGUGCUCAUGGCGAAUCUUCAAAAUAGCGAAGGUAAAAGAAUGUCCCUUGAGGAGACGAAGGAAGCUCUGGAACCAUUAAGGAAACAUUGCAUGGAAAAAGUGGGCAUGGAUUCAAAGAUGCUCGAUGACGUAAAAAAAGGUAUUUUCGCAACGGAUUGGAGAUCGAAAUGUUACUUUAAAUGUGUGCUGCUAAAUACAAAAAUUAUGAAGAAUGACAAGAUAGUCGAAAAAGCUUUAAAAAAUAUCGUUGAAACCAUGUUAUUGGAGGAAUAUAUAUCACCUAUCAUGAAAAUAAUGGAACAAUGUUUACCACUUGUAAAAAAAUUCAAAGGAUGUGAAUUAGCAUACGAAUUAGCUAAGUGCAGCUAUGAUCCUUCGCUUUCAUUUUUGCAGUGAAGACAUCUCUUUCAAUGGAUAUCUUUCAUUUGGAUAAUUAUGGGAGCAAUUUUGGCUCAUCUUAUAUAAGUCAUAUGAGGAAGCCAUUUCAGAAAUGAUUAUAC